AUGGGACUGUCUCGUCUGGACUCAGGAGUGGGACUGUCUCGUCGGGACUCGGGAGUGGGACUGUCUUGUCGGGACUCGGGAGUGGGACUGUCUUGUCGGGACUCGGGAGUGGGACUGUCUCGUCGGGACUCGGGAGUGGGACUGUCUCGUCGGGACUCGGGAGUGGGACUGUCUCGUCGGGACUCGGGAGUGGGACUGUCUCGUCUGGAUUCGGGAGUGGGACUGUCUCGUCGGGACUCGGGAGUGGGACUGUCUCGUCGGGACUCGGGAGUGGGACUGUCUCGUCGGGACUCGGGAGUGGGACUGUCUGGUCUGGACUCUGGAGUGGGACUGUCUCAUCUGGACCCCGGAGUGGGACUGUCUCGUCUGGACCCGGGAGUGGGACUGUCUGGUCUGGACUCGGGAGUGGGACUGUCUGGUCUGGACUCGAGAGUGGGACUGUCUGGUCUGGACUCGGGAGUGGGACAGUUUGGUCUGGACUCGGGAGUGGGACUGUCUGGUCUGGACUCCGGAGUGGGACUGUCUCGUCUGGACCCGGGAGUGGGACUGUCUCGUCUGGACCCGGGAGUGGGACUGUCUGGUCUGGACUCGGGAGUGGGACUGUCUGGUCUGGACUCGGGAGUGGGACUGUCUGGUCUGGACUCGGGAGUGGGACUGUCUGGUCUGGACCCGGGAGUGGGACUGUCUGGUCUGGACCCGGGAGUGGGACUGUCUGGUCUGGACUCGGGAGUGGGACUGUCUGGUCUGGACUCGGGAGUGGGACUGUCUCGUCUGGACCCGGGAGUGGGACUGUCUGGUCUGGACUCGGGAGUGGGACUGUCUGGUCUGGACUCGGGAGUGGGACUGUCUGGUCUGGACUCGGGAGUGGGACUGUCUGGUCUGGACUCGGGAGUGGGACUGUCUGGUCUGGACUCGGGAGUGGGACUGUCUGGUCUGGACUCGGGAGUGGGACUGUCUGGUCUGGACCCGGGAGUGGGACUGUCUGGUCUGGACCCGGGAGUGGGACUGUCUGGUCUGGACUCGGGAGUGGGACUGUCUGGUCUGGACUCGGGAGUGGGACUGUCUCGUCUGGACCCGGGAGUGGGACUGUCUGGUCUGGACUCGGGAGUGGGACUGUCUGGUCUGGACUCGGGAGUGGGACUGUCUGGUCUGGACUCGGGAGUGGGACUGUCUGGUCUGGACUCGGGAGUGGGACUGUCUGGUCUGGACUCGGGAGUGGGACUGUCUGGUCUGGACUCGGGAGUGGGACUGUCUGGUCUGGACCCAGAAGUGGGACUGUCUCGUCUGGACUCAGGAGUGGGACUGUCUCGUCUGGACUCGGGAGUGGGACUGUCUCGUCUGGACUCGGGAGUGGGACUGUCUGGUCUGGACUCGGGAGUGGGACUGUCUGGUCUGGACCCAGAAGUGGGACUGUCUCGUCUGGACUCGGGAGUGGGACUGUCUCGUCUGGACCCGGGAGUGGGACUGUCUCGUCUGGACUCAGGAGUGGGACUGUCUCGUCUGGACUCGGGAGUGGGACUGUCUCGUCUGGACUCGGGAGUGGGACUGUCUGGUCUGGACUCGGGAGUGGGACUGUCUGGUCUGGACCCAGAAGUGGGACUGUCUCGUCUGGACUCGGGAGUGGGACUGUCUCAUCUGGACUCGGGAGUGGGACUGUCUGGUCUGGACUCGGGAGUGGGACUGUCUGGUCUGGACUCGGGAGUGGGACUGUCUGGUCUGGACUCGGGAGUGGGACUGUCUGGUCUGGACUCGGGAGUGGGACUGUCUGGUCUGGACUCGGGAGUGGGACUGUCUGGUCUGGACUCGGGAGUGGGACUGUCUGGUCUGGACUCGGGAGUGGGACUGUCUGGUCUGGACUCGGGAGUGGGACUGUCUCAUCUGGACUCGGGAGUGGGACUGUCUCGUCUGGACUCGGGAGUGGGACUGUCUCGUCUGGACUCGGGAGUGGGACUGUCUGGUCUGGACUCGGGAGUGGGACUGUCUGGUCUGGACUCGGGAGUGGGACUGUCUGGUCUGGACUCGAGAGUGGGACUGUCUGGUCUGGACUCGGGAGUGGGACUGUCUGGUCUGGACUCGGGAGUGGGACUGUCUGGUCUGGACUCGGGAGUGGGACUGUCUGGUCUGGACCCAGAAGUGGGACUGUCUCGUCUGGACUCAGGAGUGGGACUGUCUCGUCUGGACUCGGGAGUGGGACUGUCUCGUCUGGACUCGGGAGUGGGACUGUCUGGUCUGGACUCGGGAGUGGGACUGUCUGGUCUGGACCCAGAAGUGGGACUGUCUCAUCUGGACUCGGGAGUGGGACUGUCUCGUCUGGACUCGGGAGUGGGACUGUCUCGUCUGGACUCGGGAGUGGGACUGUCUCGUCUGGACUCGGGAGUGGGACUGUCUCGUCUGGACUCGGGAGGCCUGCCUGUAAUGCAUAGUGCUGCUCUGGUUUCUGGUAGUCGUCGCGGUGCACACAGUCGCUUCAACUCGCUUGUUAAUUCACAAGGGUAA